AUGAACAGGUUCCGUCUGACCCUCUCUGGCUCAUUCGCCGUAGCAACCACCAUUCACUACAUCCGCCAAGACUUUAUCCGGCUCAAAAACCUGCCUUCGAACACGGUCGUACCGGUCGUCGUCACCCUUGAUGAAGUGAGCAUGCUGCUUGGACAAACAGUCGACGAGAAAUUCGACCGCGAGUUUAGCACGUUGCCGCAAUGGCGCCAAGAACGUCGGUUCAUCAAAUGGGCUAUCGCGCCACUGCGAGAAUUGUCGAAUUCAGGCGGGAAGGUUACUUUAUUUAUGAGUGGGACGCGUCCUUUUGCGCUGAGCGACGCUGUCCAGGUGGACAUGUUCGACAAGGUCACCGGGAGCAGGUUUUUCGCUAGCUUGAUCGAGAUGCCACGUCUCUCCGGCGCUGCCUCGGCUCAGCUGGCGACCCGCCGUAACAACAACGCAGCUUGGCAUCGAGAUGUUUGGAAAACGCUGUUGCUCCAGCGAGCACUGGGCAUUCCUCGCCAAAUUAACAACAUUUUCACGACCGACAACCGUUCCAUGCCGAUCACGAUUGAUCCCAAGUCUUUGAUUGCUUUUGUUCGAGCCAUUGCUUUCAAGUCGACUCUCGACGAUUGGGCAGAUGCUCGGAUUGACAGGUUGGUGGAUCUUGGACUCUGCUUUUGGACCUCACUCUCUCAGUAUUCCUUCUCUCAGCAACUGAUGCUAAACCUGCACUUUCUCGACCUUGUCAAACUCGAUGAUGACCAGUGCGCGUAUGGCCACAUCGCCAGCAAACUGCUCACUGAACUGCAAACAAUCGGGAAGAUGAGUCAGCCGGAGACUGUUAAUGACAAUGCGGUCUCUCUUCCCUCGCACAACUGGGAGCAAAUUGUGCCGCGCUUGCUCAACCUGCGCCUGCUUGUGGAGCUGUGCGAUGCGUGCGCCAAAACCAAGGGCGCACCACAGGCUGCCGAUCUGACACUACCUCUUCCCACACUGUUUGAAGGCGCCGUCUUGAGCGACGACUUGCAGUCAGUCAUGGUCGUUUUGCGACAGUUUGAGCGAGCGGUCGAUUCGAUUCCAGAUGGGUUUUCCUUGACCCGCGUCAACGAGGAGUUCAGCGAUUUGAAUGCCAGCUUUGUGUCGGUCAAUGGUUUGGACGUCGCCGCGCGGCUGGGGCAGGCUGGCUUCAAGUGCGGAAAGUCGACUGUCAGUGACUGGGCUCAACUCCACGCGGGCCACCGCGAACUGAUUCAGUCUGGAACGCUGGAUGAAGUGAUCGAGCUGGCGCGGUCCACCCGCACGAAAGGCCGACCACCCAUCUUUACCGAUCACGAAGUUGAUGCAAUUAUCAAUUUAUUGGAAGCGUUUGCUCGCGCGUCAUGCUGUCUGACGAAAGCGCAGGCCGCCAAGUACUUGAAACCGUGUUCUGAAACAACUUCUUUCGACGGCUCACCAAGGCGGGCGUUUGUCCAAGACACGCCUAGCCGGUCCUGGUGGGCCACCUUUUUGAAGCGAGCGAAGGGACGCGUCAGGCUUCGAAAGGGCCGUGUGCUGGAAGUGUGCCGGGCUGCAGCGCUGACACCCGACAAUCUCGGGACUCUCCCGACUCAACUCAAACAGGCCUACGAUCAACAUCCUCUCCUUACCGUCGAGCCGAGCCGCGUCAGCAACUUUGACGAGAGCGAGAUUUCUUCUCGCGUCAAGGGAUCGACUGUAUUAGGGGCAUCGUGGGGUCGUGUCGCGCUCGUUGGCGGUGGGCACAACAACAGCCUCGGACGGCACAUCACCGGCGUCUUCUUGGUGUGUGCCGAUGGAACUGCGCCGCUCCCUCCCAUGCUGAUUUUUACGAAGG